AUGCCGCGUGAUCUUCCGGCGAAUUCCGGAAUUCGUACCGGCAGACAAUCGCAGACGCAAGAAAGCGAAAUACAGAGAGUCGACGGAUUUAUCGUUUCGAGUUACGCACCGUUAUCCCAGCCUCGAGAAGAGGGUAACGAAGCGAUCGAUACAACGGCGCGGCUAAUUGCCAAAUUGGCAGAGAAAGCAAUGGAAGAAUUCCGCCAGCAGCAGGUCAAGGAAGGCCGGCUGCUGAGGUCGAAGGCUAAUUACUUUAUCCCGACGUGCAGGCUGUGCCCCGUACUAGAGGUUAAUAGUCGUCGAUACCGAAUCGAAUGGACCCCGUCCUUCAAGAGCCCGUUUAGCCGAUUCGUUCUUGGAUUCGCUUAUUAAGCCAAUGAAUUUCUAUUAUGCGUAUCAUCUGACUCGGA